AUGGCUCUACAAGACACUCGACGCCGCCAUAAGUCCCCCGUGAGAGACGCGACAGGUCAGAGUACGUCCCUGACACAAGCAGGGUCACUUAAUGGAGAUGAUGGUGACGAGGUGACACUCAUGUACGCCAAACAUGAGAAAGUGCCCAUGAAGGACUUCGGGUCGGAGGUGCGCGCCUCCAUGGACAUCGCGCACUUCCUGUCCCAGGCGACGCUUGUGCUCGACGUGGUGGAGACGUCCCUCGAGGGCAUCACCGACCUCCUCCUCACAAAGCUGCUCGAGAAGGACGAGCCUCUGUGCUCCGUGGCCGAGGCCAAGUCCAUUCUCUUCACCCACGACACCUGUAAGUACCCGCUCACCUGUAUGCCGUUGCCUUUUGCCUGA